GAUUUUCACUUUAUUCUCCAUGGAUCUAUUUUCUUAUUUAUUCAUUUUAUUUUUGUUUUAGCUAAUGGAUAGCAACAAUCUGAGGGCGGCUCAAGGUCAAACUAAUCCAGUUCCUCCUCGUCAGAGUCACGUUAUCAGUGCAGGAGAAGCAUCGGCGGUUACAAACGUCCUUUUCCCGACGGCUAUGGACGGCGCCGGCGAUUGGAAGACUGAGGUUCAAGCUGAUUCUCGUCGGAGGAUUAUCAACAAAAUGGUGGACAAAGUGAUCAGAAUGUCUCUAAAGAAAUAUUAUGAUCUAAUAAUGUCCAAGAAGAAUUGCAAGAGCUCGAGAGAACCGUCACAAGGUUUGAAGAAAUGGUGUAAAAUGUUGCAACAAGCACGGUACGUUAAGCACAGCCUUCGCGCGCGUUUAUGAAGGCACUGUGUGUGGUCCUUUUAUUUGUUCAACUUUCUUCUGUGUUGUACUUUGAAAU